AAAUAAACAAAAAUUUAAAAAGAAAAAAAUCUCAACCAUGUUGUUCUUGUUCUUGUUCUUCCCAAUCUAGACCUCAUCGUCCGGCCAAACUCUUAACUUUCUCGCUCUCUCACCGCCAACCAUGGGCAACGCUGUGCCCAAGCUCUCCUCCUCCUCUUGUUUUAGCUUCUUAGCCCACCGCCGUCAUCGCCGUGGCCGCCGUGACGCUGCCGCUGUCUCCUCCGAACCCUGCGAUGAAGGUUUUGGCCAUUCCUUCUGCUACGUUCGGCCUGACAUUAAGCUUGAUGAAACUACCACCUUCCGUACCAUCUCCGGCGCCGCCGUCAGUGCCAACACCUCGACGCCUCCAUCCACAUCGGAUCUUCACGCUUUUGCUUCGCAGCUUACUUGGCCGGCGGCGGCCGCUGCCUUUGAGAGCUCAACGUCUUUCUCUUCCGUUCCUCUUCAACCAGUCCCUCGCUUCUCCUCUGGACCUCUUUCCGGCCCUCUUGCCGAGCGUGGCUUCCUCUCCGGCCCUAUCGAACGUGGCUUCUUAUCCGGCCCCAUCGACCCCCGUGCCGCCCCCUUCUCCGGCCCUCUGGAGCCCAAGGCGUCAACUCCUCCUUCUCGUCUUCAGCGAAACUUCUCCCGCCGCGCCGCCACCAACCUCCUCCGCGGUAUCUCCAAGGCCAUCUCCCGCUCCAUCUCUGUCAAACGCCCCAUAAAGUCCGAGUCUUUGGAUAGCUCCGCCGGCUCCUCAAAUCACAACGGCUCCAGUGACCGCACCAGCGAUGACACUGAGUCUCUCGAGCCGACGAGCAGCGGGAACAAUCUCCAGUGGGCUCAAGGCAAGGCCGGAGAAGAUCGCGUCCAUGUCGUCAUCUCCGAGGAGCACGGCUGGGUCUUCGUUGGCAUCUAUGAUGGAUUCAAUGGUCCUGACGCCACUGACUACUUGCUAUCCAAUCUCUACUCUUCUGUCCAGCAUGAGCUCAAAGGACUGCUUUGGGACGACAACGAUAACGACAAAGACAAAGACAACAACGAGGCCGUUGAAUCCCAGCAGCGUGCGGAGACUACAAACCAUCCGGCAGUGUUGCAUGCUCUGUCACAAGCUUUGAUGAAAACAGAGGAAGCUUAUUUGAGUAUUGCUGACAAUAAGGUCUUAGAGAAUCCUGAGCUUGCUUUGAUGGGUUCUUGUGUUCUUGUCAUGCUGAUGAAGGGGGAGGAUGUUUAUCUCAUGAGUGUUGGGGAUAGUCGUGCUGUUCUCGCGCAUAAGAAUGAGGAAAGGUGGGAGCUUGGAAUGAUCAGUGAGGAGGCCAUGGUCAAAGAGGUGGAUGAUAAUGGUGAUCACUAUUUGGCUGCCCUGCAACUCACCUUGGAUCACAGUGCUUCUGUUCAAGAGGAGGUGCAUAGAAUAAGAAAUGAGCAUCCUGAUGAUUGUUCAGCAAUAGUGAAUGAUAGAGUCAAGGGCUCAUUGAAGGUCACCAGAGCUUUUGGUGCUGGUUUUCUCAAACAGCCCAAAUGGAACAAUGCACUUCUUGAAAUGUUUCAAAUUGAUUAUGUGGGUAAUGCACCAUAUCUUUCAUGCACUCCAUUUCUCUGCCACCAUAAACUUGCAUCAAGAGAUCGGUUCUUGAUACUAUCAUCAGAUGGACUGUACCAGUACUUUACUAAUGAGGAAGUAGUUUCCCAAGUUGAAUUGUUCAUGUCAAUGUGCCCUGAAGGAGAUCCGGCUCAGCACCUUAUUGAAGAAGUCCUAUUUCGUGCGGCGGAAAAAGCAGGUAUGGACUUCCAUGAAUUGCUUGAAAUACCACAAGGGGACAGGAGACGGUACCAUGACGAUGUUUCGAUCAUAGUCAUAUCUUUUGAAGGAAUGAUAUGGAGAUCUUGUGUGUAAAUACAAACACAGAGUAGGAAGAAGAUAUAUAUAGAGACAAUGGCAAGAGGAAUUGAGCUUUUGAGCUUCUCUCCAAUUUGACCAAUUGGUUCAAUUUAUGAACUUGAAGCGCAAAGUCCAUCAACUUUCAGUUAUCUAUGGUCUAUAUAAAUGAAAAUUUCUUUAUUCAAUGAGUUAGUGCUAUGUGAAUAAACUGGAUGAUGAAAUCAAAUUCUUUUACUUUGUUUU